GAGCGCGUGUGACGCGGACGCACCGUGUUUACGUGUGUUCUUUCGCUCGCGGUGUUAGCGGCCGCGGGCUGUCGUAGACACGUAGAAUCGGUGGGAUGCAAAUGUGUGCCAGUACUGUCAGUGGUAAUAAUCGCGUGAAACGUAACGCGCGAGUGGGCGGGAGUGAGCGAUUAGGCUCGUUGUCACGUAUUGUCACAUAUGCGGCCCCGCAAACGAAAAUCGCGCAACGAUAUGUGAGCACGGGAGCGACGUGAGUGACGGCGUGUACUCCGGGUCGGCGAGAAUAUCCGCGACUUCAGAAUUAUUAGGGACAUCGCUUUCUACAAUCUUCUCACCGCUAUUCAGGUCUCUCGGGGUCAUUCCUCCUCUGCCUCUCUGAGAAAAUACAGGAAUCAAGAGAAAGAGAAGGAAAGAAACGUACGACCGGUGGGUGGAUUGAAUUGCCUCUCUUAUAUCCGAGAACGUCGUUUCGAAUAAUGACUCACUGCGCAUCAACUCACAAAAUCCUAUAUGCUGCCACGCUCAUAAGAAUACCAAGAAGUUAAUAAAUUUUGCUGCAGAUAAUGUGAUUUGUUAACAAUAUUUUUAUCUUUCAAUAUAUUUUUAUACCGCCAAGAUGCACUUCUCUAUACCAGAUACUCAGGAAUUUGUGGACGGGGCUGGGAAUGCAUAUAUUGGAUAUAAUAUUCAUAUCAAUGGAUUGUUUCAUUGUACCACAAGGUACAAACAGCUGCAUAAUCUGCAUGUACAACUGUCAAAAGAUCUCAAUAUGCAGCUACCUAUAUUUCCUCCAAAAAAGCUCUUUCCUUUGACUGCCACUCAGCAAGAAGAGCGGCGGUUGGCUUUGGAGAAAUAUAUUCAAUCUAUCGGUCAAAAUAUAGCCAUAAAUAACUCGGAGAUAUUAAAUGGAUUUUUAUUAAGCGCUCAACUAGAAUCAGCGGACAAUCUAUCUGAAGAGGAGACUUUAAAUGUAUUUCUUAUGAAUGGAUCAAAAAUUUCAUUAAAUGUUUCACCAGGAGAGCAUUCUAAUGAAAUUUUAAAGAGAAUAUAUAAGCAUAUAAAGUUAACAGAAAAAUAUCAUUUUCAUUUUGCACUAUUUAUUGUUAUACAAGAUGAAUUAUCUGGUAAUAUCAAAAUAUUACGAAAAUUACAAGAUUUUGAAUCGCCAUUUAUAACGCACAAAUACAUGAGUUCUAUGGAUACGCGAAUUGUUCUCAGAAAAAAUUAUUGGAACACAGCAUAUGACGUUGAGUUAUUAAGUGAUCCGGUAACGUUAAAUUUACUAUAUAUCCAAGCGGCUGCAGAAAUUCAUAGUGGUUGGAUUCCGGUCACGAAAGAAGUGCAGCAUCAACUAGAAAACUUGCAAAAAUCCGACAGCAGAAAAGAGUAUUUAAAUAUAGCUCGUUGUUUGAAGUACUAUGGCUACAUACAAUUUGCACCGUGUUAUUGCGAUUAUCCCGAAAGCAAUUCGAAAGUAUUGCUCGCUAUAGGUGGAAAUGAAUUAAAUUUACGCAUCUUGUCUUCAUCCGAAGAGCACGAAGUUGUGUUUAAAGUAUCGCGAAUGCGAUGCUGGCGUAUUACUACUAUACAAAAUGGAACGGAUCAUCCUGAGGAUAGUAAUGAAUGCAGUCUGGAGUUAUCCUUCGAAUAUCUAAUUGCUAGGAAUAAACUACAAUGGAUUACAAUUGCAUCCGAGCAAGCAAUUUUAAUGUCUGUUUGUUUGCAAGCUAUGAUUGAUGAGUUGUUGCAGAAGUGCAUAGUGGGGAGUAAAACUCAGGUAGAACCUGGGAAAUCCUGGACGUAUGUCAUGCGGGACGGUCAGAGUCGCGUUAUGACGAGAUCACCGUUGCGAGAAUGUGCCAAUAACUAUCAUUCUAAAUCGGGACCAAUUAUUAAGAAACUUGCUAACAAAUGGUCGGCUGUGACAUCAAAAAGAUCAGACGAUUCAAGAACCGUCGUUGAUGGAGCUCAAACAAUGGAUCUUGAUGUCAUGGAAAAUAAUGUUUUUCGUAUGAUAGGAGACGAUGAUUUAUAA